ACAGCUUUAUGGCAAUAUAGCUCACACACCAUAUGAUUCAACUGUUUAAGGUGGACGAGUCGGGGGUUUUCAGAAUACCCACAGAAUUGUACGACAAGGCCACGGUCAACUUCAGGACCUUUUCAUCACCCCGGAAAGAAACUCUGCACCCAUUAGAAUUUACUCCCCAUCAUCCCUUCCCCCCCAACUCCUGGCAGCCACGGAUGUCCUUUUCGUCUCUGUGGACUUGUCCAUUCUGGACAUUUCACGGGAAUAGCAACACGCAGUGUGCUCUUUUGUGACUGGCUGGCUUCUUCCACUCGGCGUAAUGGUCUCCAGGCUCAUCUGUGCCGUGGCGGUGUCAGGGCUCAGGACUGCAUUCCUCUUUAUGGCUGAGUCAUAUUCCACUCUGUGGCUAGACUGCGGUUUGUUGGUCCACUCCUCUGUUGAUGGAUAUCUGGGUUGUUUCCACUUUGGGCCUAUUGUGAAUUACGCUGCUGUGAAUGUUCAAGUCCAAGUUCUUGUGUGAUCGCGUUUUCCUCUCUCUAAAAAUGGGAAUAAAAAGGCCAAACCCGGCCUUGACUCCUGGAGCAGGCUCAGAAAGAAAAACCUCACGUCAGCUUGGGGGGGCUGUGAGGAGCUGUGAAGGGCCGUGAGAGGCCAUUCUCACUCCCCGGCAGCUCUCCUGGAUGGAGAGGGAUGUUGAGGCACAGGAGGCUGGGGAGGAGGAAGGCUGCCUCUCCACCCCCAGGGAUGGCAGAGCUGGCUCAUCAGCCUGACCCAGAAAAAUCCCACUUGCUGUGUGACCUUGAAUGGCGGCCAGGAGACCUGCCCCACUGUUGGAUGGUGUGACUCCGAGGCUCUCCCAGCCCUUGCCACACUGUGUUUCGGGGCAAGUCUGCCCUGAAAAUUCUAGGCUGGGACUGGGGCACAAGAUGGAGGCCAGAAAUAGGGUUGAGGCUCAGGGAUUUACCUCUGGCACUAGCGUCUUUGGAUGAGGGGGUGAGGUGGUGAAACACGGGGGUGAGGAGGUGGAGAACCCUGUCAUCCUCACUCCUACGUGACUGUGGAUUAUGAGAGCUUCUUUAUCUCCCCAGGCUUAGCCAAGCCUCACCGUAGCCUGUGAGGGAUCGAGGCAGGGUUUAUCAGCUCCGUUAUACAGAUGAGGAGACCGAGGCCAAUGGAACUACUCCCCAAGGUUGGCAGCUGGUACAGGGCGGAGCUGGAGUGCUCCUGGUCCAGGUGUCCUGCCUGGCCCUACUGUGGCCCCAGGCUCCGUCCACAACCUGGCUUAGUACUCUGAGCUGUCCUCCGCAGGGUUCCACGGCAGUGUCUCUUAGGGCCCGAGACUUCCCAACCCUUGUGGGGAGAGGACUAUGUUCUCUUCCUCAGUAGAGGAAAAUACAGGAUGAAUUUUUUCAAGGUCAUCCAGGCACUGAGCAGGUGAUGAGGGAAUUUCUAUCCAUGAGCAUAGAUGAUAGCAAUUCAUUGGGUAUCUCUGAGUUACCAGAAGCUAUCACACACUCCAUCAGUGACUCCUCAGCAACCUGGCAUGACGGAGCCUGUGGCUGGCGCGGCUGCUGAGCAGGGCCAGGCCGGGCCCUGCCCGCAAGGACGCCCAAGCUCUUCGCCGGCCCCUGUGCCCGAGAGCCCACCAGGCUCUCUUGCUGGACCCGCCAUGACUUCAGAGCCCACGUCGACCCCGGUAGUGCCCCCACUCCACUCCCCCAAGUCUCCUGUGUGGCCCACCUUCCCCUUCCACCGGGAGGGCAGCAGGGUCUGGGAGCGGGGCGGCGUCUCAUCCCGGGACCUGCCCAGUCCUCUGCCCACCAAACGGACCAGGACGUAUUCAGCGACAGCCCGUGCCUCGGCUGGCCCCGUGUUCAAGGGCGUCUGUAAGCAGUUCUCACGCUCACAGGGCCAUGGCUUCAUCACCCCUGAGAAUGGAUCCGAGGACAUCUUUGUGCACGUGUCUGACAUCGAGGGGGAGUACGUGCCCGUGGAAGGCGACGAGGUGACCUACAAGAUGUGCCCCAUCCCACCCAAGAACCAGAAGUUCCAGGCUGUGGAGGUGGUGCUCACCCAGUUGGCCCCACAUACUCCCCAUGAGACGUGGUCCGGCCAGGUCGUGGGCUCCUAGGCUGGGGGGCUCACGUGUCAGCUGCUGGGCGGGUGGGGAGCCACACAGGGUGGAUGGGCAGUGGCGGGCUCUAGGCCCCGCUGCACUGGCUGGCCGGGGCCCCCGGGCGGCCUCAGCGUGCACGUCUGUCUGUCUGUGCUUGUGGCCGUGAGCACGUAACUCCAUCCACCCCGCGUGACCCGUGACUGUUGUGUGAGCUGGACCAAAGGUGAGGCCCCCAGGCCUGCCUUCUGGUUGUCCGCUCUCUCCUUCCCCUCCCUGCCACAUCCGCACAGGACCCUCCCGCUCUCCUGUCCACUGAGCCCCUGAGGGCCUGCGUCGGGCCUGGGACUGGGAGGCAGGGGGCACCAGUGGGCCCCUCCCCGUGCAAGCGGGUUCCCCUUGCCUCUGCCCCAGGCCCAGCCCAGGGCCAGAUUCUGCUUGUGCUACUUACACCUCCCACCCUGGGCUGGGGUCUCCCACGGUGGCCUGGACCCCUUCCCACAGAAGCCAGGCCAGCGAGAGCUCUGGGGGAGCCUCCCAGCCUCUGGCAGGGGAAGAGGGCAACCCUUGGAGUAGGACAGACCCCUCCUCACUGCCACGGGCCCAGCUUCCCUUCCUUCCAUCUGCUCUCUCCUCUCAGCAUCCCCGAGAGGCAGGCAAGAAGGAACUGAGGGCAGAAGGUGGUUUUGGGGUCUCGGUCCCUCCUCCUCCUGGGCCUGGCCAUGGCUCUGUGAGCUCAAGGCUGUGUCCCCUCCCCUGGGCUGCGCUGAGCCACGCUGCCACCACUCUCCGAGACGCAGAUCUGUGGAGGGGUGGGGGCACAUCUCCCCCCGCUUGGAUGGGGCCAUCCCCUUCACCCUGACCCACAAAGUCCGCUGACGCUCUGCCCAUGCCCAGGCGAGGCAGACGCACGUCCCCUCAGGCAGGGCCAGGCCUGGGCACCCACAGGAUGGCCCUCAGCCCGAGACCACGAGCCCUGUAGCCCCUUGCUGGACCCUCUCCCCAAAGCACUACUGCUGGCCCCCACUAGGCCAGUGGCUGAGGUGUGUGGUCCCUAUCUCAUGCGUUGAGUCCCUUAAGGUGUGUGUGUGUGUGUAUGUGUGUGUUUGUGUGCAUUCACUCUCAGGUGGGGGGUUGGUCUGGCCUGGGAGGCCAGAAAGGAGAGGCUUUGCCUCAGUCCCCCCAUCACCACCACACCCCUUCCUAGAAAACACAUUUGAUGCGACAAGAAAUGGGGGUCGAGGGAAAGGCUGCCAGGGACAGUGAGCCUUGUGAGACGGGGUCUGUGAGUAAAACAGGGGCUCAAAUGCCCAGGAUGAGGGUUAUCUGUUUAGAAGGAUCCCCAGUACUGCAGGUACCCCGAGGCCUGAGGGGUAGAGAUCAGCUGGGGUACGUGCACCCCACCCCCAGGCUCUACCAGGCUGGGAGGGGGUCAGAGCUGCUGAGAAACAGAAUGGCCCAGCCUGACACCCCAGUCUGAGCUGGAGCUGCCCCGACAAGGCCUGAGGACUUGCCCCAGAGGAACAAGGACUCCCUGGCUUCCUUGGUGGAAGGUUUAUUGGUGCAGGUUAACUCCUGGGAGCCCCCCAAGACUCCCUCAUGUGAGCAGACCCCCCCCCCCGUUUUUAGGCACUAGCCAGUAGACAGGAUGUGGCAUCAGCCCCAGGGCUGUCUGGGAGGCAGAGGGGCGGCAGUGCCCCUCCAAACCCAUAGCCCCGCAGUGUCGAGUCAGAAAUCCUCCCAAGACCCCCAGCCGCCUGGACUCCCCACCUCCGACCACCACCACCAACCCUCCAUCCUUCCUAACACUGGCAAUAAACCCUCAACUGUGACUCA